UUUUUAUUUCGACAUUGACCGGAGAGGUCAGGCAAAUAAGUUUACAAAAUGUUCGCGGUUCGCUCCGUAAUUUUGCUGCUACUCGGCGUGGUGGCUUCCAGCCAGGGAGCAAAUAUUCUGGGGCUCUUCAGCAGCCACAGUCAAUCGCAUCUGAUCAUCCACAUGUCGGUGGCCAAGGCUCUGGUCGAAGCUGGACAUAAUGUGACGGUGGUCUCGAUGCUUAAACCCAAGGUAACGCACAAGGACAUAACCCUGAUUGUGAUCCCGAUGAAGGAGGACCAGGAGCUCAUUAUGGAAAACCAAAUGACCGAAAUGGCCGGGCAAAAGAACUCACUUAUGAGCACCAUGAAUCGACUUCUUUCUGGCAUGGAAGUGAUGAUCAAUGCCCAGGCCGAACUACUCUCAGAUCCGAGGUUCCAGCGCGUUUACGAGACCAAAUUUGAUCUAAUGAUAUUGGGCUAUUUCAUCAACGACUUUCAACUGGGAGUUGCGCAUAAGCUGAAGGUUCCUGUUAUCAUCGACUGGAUGUCUGCCUCAGCCACUGUGAUUGAUAAGUAUACGGGCAAUCCCGCAGAGAUAGCUUAUGUUCCCUUAUUGGGCACUGUUGUAACGCAGCCCAUGAGUUUGCUUAAGCGAGCCGAAAACUUGGCUAAGUACCUGUUUUUCGAGUAUAUUCUUGUUAUCUUUGAUUUCAAAUUGACGCGCAUUUAUAAUGAAAUCUUCGCGGAAAAAGAUCAGCCAACUCUGAAAGAGUUGAGAAAGAAUAUCUCGAUGGCCUUUGUGGGCUCCCAUUUGAUUAGUGAGGGUCCUAUUCGACCCAUGGUGCCUGGACUUGUUGAAAUCGGAGGAAUUCAGGUUAAGGAUAAGCCGGAUCCGCUGCCCAAGGAUAUCGGUCAGUUCUUGAACAAGUCCACCCAAGGAGCUGUCUUUUUAUCACUUGGCUCAAACAUCAAGAGCUCCACGGUGAAGCCGGAAAUUGUGCAGACCAUCUUUAAGGUCCUGUCUGGACUGAAAGAGAAUGUUAUCUGGAAGUGGGAGGAUUUGGAGAACACACCCGGCAACGCAUCCAACAUACUUUAUAAGAACUGGCUGCCCCAAGAUGAUAUCCUGGCCCAUCCGAACACCAAACUCUUUAUCACCCACGCCGGAAAGGGCGGCAUCACCGAGGCCCAGUACCAUGGAGUACCCAUGGUGGCUUUGCCCAUUUUCGGGGAUCAACCUGGUAACGCUGCAGUGAUGGAAAAAUCCGGGUAUGGCCUGGCUCUCGAUUUGCUAACCAUAACGGAGGACACUCUGAGGGAGGCCCUGAAAGAAGUGUUAGAGAACAAGAAGUACAGCCAAGCUAUUGGAAAAUUCUCGGCCCUGUACAGGGAUCGACCUCUGACGGCAAAACAAUCGGUUGUUUUCUGGACGGAGUAUAUCCUGAGACAUCACGGUGCUCCCCAUCUGCAGAGUCCUUCGAUUCAUAUGAAUUUCAUAGAGCUAAACAAUCUUGAUAUCUACGCUCUAAUUGCAACAUUCAUAGUAUUGUUUUUGCUCCUGGCUCGCCUGGUUGCGAAAUUUCAUUUGGAGCAAAGUUUAGGGGUCAGCCAAAAAUCUUAGAGACGAAAAAGAAGCA